AUGGUGUGCAACGCGGAUGGGGGUGGUGUGCAACGCGGAACAAAAGUGGUGACAGAAAAUGGCGGUGGUGCAAAAUGUAAGGAAGAACAAGGUGCAGAAAAUGAGGCAAGGGACGGAGAAUGA